AUGCCACACCAGAAGUCUCCACUAGAACUUGUGACAGUAACUGAUGUCUCUUGUCCCCUAGGUCUAGGUCCUGGUUCCGACCCGCGGAGAGUCCAGCAGCUGGAGGAGGAGGUGCAGCGUCUCUCCCACGACCUCCUGGACCUGCAGGCCGCCAUGACGGGCAUGAACGCCAACCUGCGCCAAGACCUCCAGGAGGACGCCAGCAAGAUCUUCCUGAGCAUGCUGGGCGGCCUGCAGUAUCCGCAGCACCAAGGGCCCGCCAGCGCCGUAGGAGGCGGCACGGAGAGCAUCGCCCUGCCCCUGCCAGCCAUCACCUCCGACCCCGUCACGGUGUCGCUGAUCGAGCAGCUGCAGAAUCAGCUCGGGGAUCUGUCCAACACCCUCGCCACUAACAACCAAGUCAUCAAAGAUUUGCAAGAGCAGGUUAGACAGCAGGAGGAACAGCUGCGCAACAAACCGGCCUGCUGUGCAGCACGAGGUCAGCAGGACACCUCCAAGUCUCCUCCGCCGGCGCCAAACCCCGACUCGAGCAGCCAAGGCUCGCUGAAGGACUACGUGGACGGCCUGGUGUCCACCCUCCGCGACGAGCUCAUGGAGGGCAUGGACAUCAAGAUGGCCGACCUGAAGAACUCGUGCGACUACAAGGUGAUGUCCGUGCAGGAGCAGUGUGAGGAGCAGGAGACCUCCUACCUCAGCCUGGCCGAGAUGCUCGAGUCCAAGGAGGCCGAGCUCCGCAAGGAGAUCCGCGACCUCCGUCUCUCACUGGGGGACAGCUCGCCAGCAGGGAAGCCAGGCGCGUCCUCCUCUCCUCCGAAGACAACGAAGGAGGAGGUGGGCGGUGGCGAUGGCGAUGUGGGCAAAAGGCUCACACAGGUGGAGGAGGUCCAGCGUGAGCUGCUGAGUGUUCUGAAGCAGCAGAACAGCACGCUGAGGAGCAUGGAGCAGAGUGGAGCGGAGCUGGAGGGUCGCGUGGGCCUGGCGGAGAGGAGCGCCGAGGUGCACUGCCUGUUCCUGGAGGAGAAGCUGCGGCGGGAGAGGGAGAAGGAGAGACGGGAGGAGGCCGAGGAGCGGAGGAAAGAGGGCCAGGAGAGGGAGAAGGAGAGACGGGAGGAGGCCGAGGAGCGAAAGAAACAGGGCCUGGGGAACAGCUCCGCUCUGGAAGACUUGAAGAAGGAGCUGAGAACCCACCAGAACCUCAUACACGACCUGAAGGAAGCCCUCAACGCCACUGAAAAUGGCAGACGAGACACACAGCAGUGCUGUCACGAGGUGCAGUCUCUCACAAAGCAGCUCAAGGGGCUGGAGGACUCUGUCUCGGGGCUGAACAACACAGUGGCUAAGAACUCCCACGAUCUCCAACUGGUGAGCGUGAACAAUAGGCAUGCUGACAGCCGCUCCAGCACCACCAAGGCACCACUCCGCAGGGACAUCUCCAUGCAGCAGAUCUUCACCUCGCUGGAUGACGCGUGGGCGGGCGGCUCCAGCGUGACGGAGGCACCACUCCGUGGGGACAACUCCAUGGAUCAGAGGCUGACUUCGCUGGAGGUUGCCUGGACAGGCGUAGACGGCCGGGUCUCCCAGAUGGAGGGAGUGUGCGGCCGGCUAGAGCCCAUGUCCGACAGCCUGGCGAGGAUCAAGGACGGGCUGAACAAGCACGUGACUGGCCUGUGGAGAUGCGUCAACCAGAUGAACGGCACCUUGCGGGCACACACGCAGAACCUCCACGCCCUGUACCGACACGCACACAUAGAGGACAGCGUGGGAGACACGACAGACACUCCGCUCCACUCAGGUAAAGAAGACUCUGUUGUGACGGGGUCCACAGCUCCACAGGCCCCGGUGCUGGAGGCAGGUGAGGCAGGUCCCCCGGGCACCAUGCGAGCCUCCCGUCCCCCACAGCAGGGCUCCAACGGCAGCAUGACCCCCCUCAAGGGCUACGCUGGGGCUCCAGGUUACCCCCCUGUGUCUCCAGUCUUCCAUGGCCCCGACAAUCCCUCAGAUCAGCUCAAACUGAAGACCGUCCAGCUGCCUUUGCUGACAUUAGGUGAACAGGUCCUAUUUGACCCGGUGUCCUUCUCCGCGGGCCUGACUCUGCUGCCCUUUCCCGGGGCGAUGGGCAUCAUUCGCUUCAACAAGAUGUUCCUCAACGAUGGAGGACAUUAUGACCCACACACUGGUGUCUUCACCGUACCUGUGGCUGGCCGCUAUCUGAUCAGUGCUGUGGUGAAAGCGGAGCGGGCAGACCGAGCAGAGGUGGUGCUUUCCGUGUCCAAUCACAACAUCCAGAGGCUCACCACGUCAUCCUCAUCCUCGUCCCCCAGAAGCGGGGCCACAGACAGCUGUUCAUGCGAUGGCUCGGCCUCCCUCAACCUCGUCAUGGACUUGAAACGAGGGGACCGGGUGGGACUGGUGAUGACCUCUGGCAGACUGGCGGCGUCCACGUCCAGCGAGGUCACGUCCACAUUCAGUGCCGUGCUACUGUAUCCAACACCAGCAAACUGACAUGACAACUGACUGGCAAAUGAGUGGGAGCACAAUGUGACUGCAAGAUCAGCAACACCAACCAGCAAAUGGGUGUCAGUAGACACUUCAAGGCUGAAUGAAAGGAUGCAAUGUUGGCAUCUCAAUUACGGAUGAAAAAUGUCUGAAUAGGGUCCUGAAAAGGUCAAUGCUGAGCCCUUUGGAUCAUCCUGACAUAGCCCCUCAGACAGCAGCCCUGUGAUUGGUUUAUAUUACACUCUACGUCAAAAAAAAAAGAAAGAGAGAGAAAUGUCCAUGUUUGUCACAGGGUGCAAGUCAAACUGCUUCCUCCCGUCCUUUCCUGGUUCUCCCGUCCUCUUGCGUCAGUGUUGCCUCGCCUAUGUGGAGGAAACAAUUAACUUUCCCUGCUGUCAGCCGACACAAAGAAACCUUUGGGGAACUUUCCUCCUUUCAACAUCCCAGCUGAGAAUGACAGAAUGUUUUGCGAGGGCCUGCACACAUUGAAGGUUUCUUUGUAAGCAGGUGCAUCUUUUCAUGGUACUAUAGUCUUCAGUUGUCAGAGGAAGAGUGCAACUGCUGCUGUGGGGUUCCACCGCUUUUUUUUUUUUGGCGUGCUUCAAGGGGUAUGCCACUA